GACACCUCAGACGGCGGUGGCCCGGGAUCAGACCGCGUCUCAGGCGAGCCCGAGACGCGCCACCAGCCCGCCAUGGCCCGCCUGUUGCGGGCGUCCUGUCUUCUCUCCCUGCUCCUGGCUGGCUUCGUCCCGCCGAGCCGGGGGCAGGAGAAGUCCAAGACGGACUGCCACGCUGGCGGGAGCGGCACUAUCUAUGAGUACGGAGCCCUGACCAUCGAUGGGGAGGAGUACAUCCCUUUUAAGCAGUAUGCUGGCAAAUACAUCCUGUUUGUCAACGUGGCCAGCUACUGAGGCCUAACAGGCCAGUACGUUGAACUGAAUGCACUACAGGAAGAGCUUGCACCAUUUGGUCUGGUCAUUCUGGGCUUCCCCUGCAACCAAUUUGGAAAACAGGAACCAGGAGAAAACUCGGAAAUCCUACCCAGCCUCAAGCAUGUCCGACCAGGUGGGGGCUUUGUCCCCAAUUUCCAACUCUUUGAGAAAGGGGAUGUGAACGGGGAGAAAGAGCAGAAGUUCUACACGUUCCUGAAGAACUCCUGCCCACCCACCUCGGAGCUCCUGGGCUCACCUAACCGCCUCUUCUGGGAACCCAUGAAGGUCCAUGACAUCCGCUGGAACUUUGAGAAGUUCCUGGUGGGGCCAGAUGGCGUGCCCCUCAUGCGCUGGUACCACCGGACCACGGUCAGCACCGUCAAGAUGGACAUCCUGGCCUACAUGAGGCGGCAGGCGGCCCUGACAGUCAACGGGAAGUAAAUCAGGCCUGCCCCACCCUGUGUCCACCAUGCAGGGGCUGGGGAGGGACUCUGUUCAGGAAGGAACCCAUUUCUCUAACCACAACACACUCCCGCCACAGACCCCUUACUAAUAUACAAGGCCCCGACCUGACCCAAACGUGCGCGUACGAUUGUCGUCUGUACUGCUGCGCAUGUGGGUGUCUGCACACGUGCCUCCAGGUGUGUGUGACCGUGCGUGUGCAUGGGUACAGCCACUGCUGUCUACCUGCGCCAAUACGGGGGACGUGAACCGUUUGUGUGCCCACAGCUGUGUGUUAUGGAGAGUGCUGGAGAACUCCCCUUUCUCUCCAGUUCUCUGUUCCAGUGAGAGCCAUUCACUUUCAGUGGAGCCCAAGUUAAAACCAGAUCCAGAUCCAACUGUUCUGCUCUGACCUGGACCUCAACCUUGGGGCCGGCAUCUCCCACUGCCUCCAAAUCUCACCACUGAAGUGCCCAGAAGUUUCUGGGUCUACCACACUGCCCAAUCUUCCCCCUCUCCAUCAUGCAGCCUUGCUCCUUCCUGAGGGGCCCUCCCAAGCCCCCUCCCCCACCCCACGGUGCUCCCUGAGAGCAGCCGAGGCAGACGUGAGAGGAAGGGCCACGUCCCGUGUCAGGGAUGGCGUCUCCAUGAAGGAGGGGCCCGAAGCCCUUGUGGGCGGACCUCCCCUGAGCCUGUCCAAAGGGCCAGCCCUUAGUGCAUUCAGGCUGAGGCCCCUGGGCAGGGAUGCCACCCCUGCUUUUCUGCAGGAUGUGCCCUCUCCCCUCACCCUGGCUCUUGGUAUUAGACUCACCCCUGUGUUCCCAGUAAAGGCCUUUCUGCAGCA